AUGGUCUUCCUACGCUUAGAAGUCCGGGUGUACCCGCGGGAGCAAAUUCCCCCAGAAUCGGGGUUCCUGCGCUCAAUGUUGUCUACUAAGAAGCCAGAGUCCGAGGAGACAAACAUGAUAAAGAGCUUCGCAGGGCUUUUGUUGACAUUAGAGAAGCCGGAGGAACUAUCGUUGGCUGAUCUUACCUACUUGAUUAAACGAAAAUGGAAAGAGCUUCGUCCAAAUUCUGAGCCUCUUGUAAUCAAAAAACUACUCGAUGACACAAUGCCAAUGGUGGACCUCGAUGCUGGGAUGUCCGUUGAGGAGGUUUUUGUGAACCGCGGAAAAGCCCGCGCGGAUGGUCACGACCAACGCGGUAUUGUCCGUGUUAUUCAAAAACCUCAUGACCGCCCUGAUGCUCCUGCUCAGCGGUUCCCUUCGGUCGAUUUGGACUUCGAGGCGGCCAGUGAAGCGUUCACUCGGAAACGAAAGCUUCAAACCCCCUGA